AUGGGUCCCACAACCUCUGAUACCCCGACGCGCAUUGCGAUUUUGGGCAAGGAGGAUAUAAUUGUUGACUUUGACAUAUGGCGGAACUUUGUCGCUGACGAUCUCCUUUCGAAUCUUGCAUCUUCUACCUACGUGCUCAUCACCGACACCAAUAUAUCCUCGAGAUACGUACCCGCAUUCCAGCAGCGAUUUGAGAGCCUGGCAAGCAAGCGCGAUGCUCCCCCACGGCUACUUACCUACGAGAUCCCUCCUGGUGAGCACUCAAAGGGAAGGGAAACAAAAGCAGAAAUUGAGGAUUGGAUGCUCUCGCAGGAAUGUACGAGGGACACGGUCAUAAUCGCCCUGGGUGGAGGAGUCAUAGGUGACAUGAUCGGAUAUGUUGCGGCGACAUUCAUGAGAGGUGUACGAUUUGUACAGGUGCCAACGACUUUACUAUCCAUGGUCGAUUCGUCAAUUGGAGGAAAGACGGCAAUCGAUACGCCAAUGGGAAAGAACUUGAUUGGGGCUUUCUGGCAGCCACAGAGAAUCUAUAUCGAUCUGCGGUUCCUAGAGACACUACCAGUACGAGAGUUUAUCAAUGGCAUGGCCGAGGUGGUCAAAACUGCGGCUAUAUGGGACGAAGAGGAAUUCUCCACACUUGAAUCCAAUGCAGAACUUCUUAUGGCAACAAUUCGCGCAAAGCCCUUGCGACUAGAACCCAUUCGACAUAUUUUAAAAAGAAUCGUUCUUGGUUCUGCGAAAGUAAAAGCUGGUGUAGUUUCUGCGGACGAGCGAGAGGGUGGUCUCAGAAACCUCCUCAAUUUUGGUCACUCCAUAGGCCAUGCGUAUGAAGCAAUCUUGACUCCUCAAAUACUGCACGGCGAAGCUGUUGCUAUUGGGAUGGUGAAAGAAGCUGAACUAGCGCGUUAUCUGGGUGUUUUGAAACCCGGAGCCGUUGCUCGCCUUGUCAAAUGCAUUGCUAGCUACGGAUUACCUACUUCUUUGAACGACAAGCGUGUCCAGAAACUCACUGCAGGCAAACGGUGUCCAGUCGAUGUAUUGAUACAGAAGAUGGGAGUUGACAAGAAAAAUGACGGCAAGAAGAAAAAAAUCGUUCUUCUGUCAGCAAUUGGAAAGACGUACGAACAAAAAGCUAGUGUCGUUGAAGAUGGCCCAAUACGAAUCGUUCUCUCUGACUCUAUAAUCGUCCAGCCUGGAGUACCGGAAUCUCUUGAGAAUGAGGUCAUUCCCCCUGGUUCCAAGAGUGUGUCCAACAGAGCGCUCGUUAUGGCAGCGUUAGGCACUGGCUCGUGUCGGAUAAAGAACUUGUUGCACUCCGAUGACACUGAGUUCAUGCUUUCUGCGGUCGCAAAAUUGGGUGGUGCAAGCUAUGAAUGGGAAGAUGCCGGUGAAGUCCUGCUUGUCCAAGGCAAGGGAGGCGAUCUGCAUGCUUGCAGUGAAGAAAUCUAUAUUGGAAACGCAGGAACUGCCUCACGAUUCCUGACGACCGUUCUCUCGCUAUGCAGGCCCUCCUCCGCCUCGUCAACGAUUUUGACUGGUAAUGCACGCAUGAAAGUUAGACCAAUUGGACCACUUGUCGAUUCAUUGCGAAAAAAUGGAGUUGGAAUUGAGUAUAUGGAGAAAGAGCACAGUCUCCCGGUCAAUGUUCAAGCUUCUGGUGGCUUCGAGGGCGGGGAUAUUGAGCUUGCUGCGACUGUCUCGUCUCAAUACGUAUCCUCAAUUCUCAUGUGCGCCCCUUACGCCAAAAAGCCUGUGACUCUCCGUCUUGUUGGGGGAAAGCCCAUAUCGCAACUUUACAUCGACAUGACAACCGCAAUGAUGGCUACUUUUGGCAUCAAGGUUAUUAAGUCUGAUACCGAGGAACACACCUACCAUAUUCCCAAGGGCGUUUACAAAAAUCCCGCUGAGUAUGUUGUUGAGAGUGAUGCGAGCUCAGCGACUUACCCACUAGCUGUCGCUGCGAUCUCAGGGACGACGUGCACGAUCCCUAAUAUUGGCUCUGCUUCUCUCCAGGGAGAUGCUCGCUUCGCGAUUGAGGUCCUUCGCCCCAUGGGCUGUUCAGUUACUCAAACAGAAAAGUCUACGACCGUCAUUGGUCCGGCUCAAGGAAAAUUACGAGCAAUACCUGAGGUUAACAUGGAGCCAAUGACAGAUGCAUUCCUUACCGCGUCUGUUCUCGCUGCUGUCGCGAAGGGAACAACAAGAAUCACCGGUAUUGCAAACCAGCGUGUGAAAGAGUGCAAUCGGAUAGCGGCCAUGAAAGAUCAGCUUGCCAAAUUUGGUGUUGAAUGCCGCGAACUCGAUGAUGGGAUUGAGAUUGAUGGCAAACCAUUAAGCGAACUGAAAGAACUUCCUAAAGAAGGCAUUUACUCCUACGACGAUCACCGCGUGGCAAUGAGUUUCAGCGUUCUUGCAACGGUAGCUCCACAUCCUGUUCUUAUUCAAGAAAGAGAGUGUACCGGCAAGACCUGGCCUGGAUGGUGGGAUGUUCUUUCACAAUCCUUCAAGGUCAAACUCUCCGGAAAAGAAGUUGCAAGUAGCCAUGUCUCGAACUCUGGCUUGACCGCAUUAUCAGAAAAGUCUCUUUUCAUCAUCGGAAUGCGAGGUGCUGGAAAGACCACUGCAGGAGGAUGGGCUGGCAGACUUCUCAACAGACCACAUAUUGACCUUGAUGUCGAAAUGGAACGAAUACACGGAAUAACUAUACCAGAAAUGGUCAGAAAUAAAGGCUGGGACUGGUUCAGAGAUGCGGAGCUUGCUUUGCUUUCGUCUGUGAUCAAGGAAAAACCGACAGGUUAUGUUUUCGCCUGUGGUGGAGGAGUGGUGGAAAUGCCUGGCGCGCGCAAGCUCCUGUCUGACUACCACAAGUCUGGUGGCAUUGUACUUCUGGUGCACCGAGAUACUGAACAGGUCAUGGAAUAUCUUCAGAUAGAUAAGACCCGACCUGCUUAUGUUGAGGAUAUGAUGGGUGUAUACCUACGCCGAAAGCCCUGGUUCCAAGAAUGCAGCAACUUCCAGUACCACAGUAAGAGCGGUGACUCUGGGGCAUUGUCAAUCGCCCAAGAAGACUUUGCUAGAUUCUUGUCAUUAAUUUCCGGCGAGAGUAAUCAUUUGGAGGAAAUUCGGAAGAAGCAGCACUCCUUUUUCGUUUCUUUGACCAUGCCAGAUAUUUCUGCUGAAGCAGCAAUUCUACCGACCGUCGCAGUUGGCUCGGAUGCUAUCGAGAUCAGAGUGGACUUACUCAAAGACCCUAAGUCAACUAAUGGUAUUCCCUCAAUUGAUUUCUUGAGUGUGCAAAUCGCGCACCUGAGAUCUGUUGUUCCUCUUCCAUUGAUCUUCACUGUCCGCACAGUCAGUCAAGGUGGAAAAUUCCCAGACGACGCUCAAGAAGAGGCGCUCAAGCUUUACAAAGCCGCUGUUCGUAUGGGGCUUGAAUAUAUCGACCUCGAAAUAACUCUUCCCGACGAGGUGCUUGAUAGCGUCACCAGUGCUAAAGGCUUUUCCAAGAUCAUCGCAUCGCACCACGACCCACGUGGUCAACUCUCCUGGAAGAAUGGAGGCUGGGUACAAUAUUAUAACCGAGCAUUGCAGUACGGUGAUAUUGUGAAGCUUGUUGGAUCUGCCAAAUGUAUGGAGGACAACUUUGCCCUUGCCAACUUCAAGGCUACUGUUGCGAAAUCCCACAAUAUACCUUUAAUCGCCAUCAAUAUGGGUGUGCAGGGCAAGCUUAGCCGUGUUCUUAAUGGCUUCAUGACACCCGUAUCACAUCCAGCCUUGCCAUUCAAGGCUGCUCCAGGGCAACUAUCCGCAGCUGAGAUUCGUCAAAGUUUGUCCCUUUUAGGAGAGAUCGAGCCAAAACAAUUCUAUCUCUUCGGAAAGCCUAUUAGCGAGUCGCGAUCUCCAGCUUUACAUAACACUUUGUUCCAACAGACUGGUCUUCCACACAACUAUUCUCGCCUGGAAACCGAUGUAGCCGCUGAUGUGAAGGAAAUUAUUCGCUCUCCGGACUUCGGAGGAGCCUCAGUCACUAUUCCCCUCAAACUUGACAUCAUUCCACUGCUUGACGGUGUGAGCGAGGCUGCAAAACUUAUUGGAGCUGUCAACACAAUAGUUCCAAUCCCAUCGAAAGACUCCAUGCGACUAAUAGGCGAAAAUACUGACUGGUUGGGCAUGACACACUCGCUCAUUGCCCAUAAUUACUCCACGGUAGCUUCGGGUCCUCCGGGCAGUGGCCUUGUUAUUGGUGCAGGAGGCACUUCUAGGGCUGCUGUUUAUGCUCUUCGAUCGCUUGGUCACAGUCCUAUAUACAUCGUCUCGCGAACUCCCUCGAAGGCUGCUGACAUGAUAUCAACCUUCCCUGCUGAUUUCAAUCUCAAGGCACUGAAACAAAUCUCUGACGCAGAGAAUCUGUCUGAGGUACCUCGAGUGGCGAUUGGCACCAUUCCAGCAGACAAACCUAUCGAGUCAAACAUGCGUGAGAUCAUCGCUGCGAUUCUGCGUCACCCGAAAGCAGACACAGCACGCCAAAGGACCCUCUUGGAGAUGGCGUAUAAGCCAACUAUUACGCCUUUGGUCAGAAUGGCUAGCGAUGCUGGAUGGAUUUCUAUCCCGGGGCUUGAGGUCUUGAGUGCUCAAGGAUGGUAUCAGUUUCAAAGUUGGACGGGUAUCAGACCUCUCUAUGCGGACGCUAGAGACGCUGUCAUGGGUGGGAGCUCGUAG